CCCGCGGGAUGGUCGAUUAUUAUUACAUUUCGUACGCGUGAUUCUGUGAUCUACGCGUUGCCCCGGGCGUUGCCGAAUCGAUAGCGAUGAGCAGUGUGCCAUGGACUCGAAGCGGAACUUACAUGUGAUAGACUCUGUACUGUGAUAUGUUUGCCUUAUAGAUACGGUAUGAACCUUUAUAUGCAGUGCCAUCGUGAGGUAAGCUGCCCGAAGAAAUCUAAUUGAUGACCGAAAUAAGAGAAUAUUGUGAAGAAAAUGACUUUUCGUUGUGUUCCUGCAUUUCAAACUGUGUCUAACGACAGUAAUGCCACCUGGGAGCGCCUCGGUGGCGGCGGGCUCGGGCUCAGCGGCGGCGGGUUCCGCGGCGCGCAGCCCUCGCUCGCCGACUUCCAGCCACCGUACUUCCCGCCACCCUUCGCUCCGACAGCCCAUCCCGCAAGCCCACAUCAUCAACAACAGAGUCAUGGUAUGGAAUACAGCGGCGGAGGUGGCGGUGGGCCAGAAUACGCACAGCACUACGCCCCGCAGCAGCUGUUACCACGACACCACGGCCACCACGAACCACACGCACACUUACGUCACCACCGCGACCACCAUGACGCGUUACACUCACACCACUUGUCACACGGCGGGUUUAGCUACGGAGGUGGCGACAGGCGGGCGGAGUACGGCGCGCGCGAACAACAUGAGAUUGCGUUGCACCACGCGCUUCACUCAACCGACGAGACACAGAAUGCGGGCAUGGAUGAUACCACUGGAUUUAUGACAGACCUUCCUCUGUUAAAAACAAUGAAGGGUCGAGACGGUCUAGGGGGUACUGGCACAUGCGCGCCAAACGAUGUCUUCUGCUCCGUACCCGGGCGACUGUCACUGCUAUCUUCCACCAGCAAGUACAAGGUCACGGUAGCGGAAGUGCAGAGGAGGUUGUCGCCACCAGAGUGCUUGAACGCGUCUCUGUUGGGGGGCGUAUUAAGAAGAGCAAAGAGCAAAAAUGGCGGUCGAUUACUACGUGAGAAGUUAGAGAAAAUCGGUCUUAACCUGCCAGCAGGGAGACGGAAAGCUGCAAACGUCACUUUACUGACCUCGUUAGUGGAAGCGGAGGCAGUGCAUUUAGCGCGCGAUUUCGGCUACGUGUGCGAGACGGAAUUCCCAGCGCGCGCUCUCGCCGAGUACCUCGCGCGGCAAUACGCCGAACACGACGCGAGACGCCGGAGGGACUUGCUUCAGGCAACCAAGCAGGUGGUGAAAGAGGUGAUGGACCUUUUGAACCAGGACCGGUCUCCGCUGUGCAACACGCGGCCGCCUCACCUGCUGGAGCCCGCUAUUCAGCGACACCUAACGCAUUUCUCGCUUAUCUCGCACGGGUUCGGUGGUCCAGCCAUUGUCGCUGCCCUCACCGCUAUACAGAAUUUCCUAAACGAAUCUCUAAAACAUUUAGACAAGUUAUAUCCUCAAAGUGGAAUGGUGUCAUCAACGAUGGACAAAACAAAAAUGGAUCCAGAUAUCAAAAAGUAACACACGCACUACCUCGGCGUCCUCAAUACGUGGAAAACGCGCACGUUACGAAAAAUAGUAAACAUAAACUUGUAAAUUUUUCGUAAUGGUAACAUUUGAUAUAUUAGACUAGGUUCUUCACAAUGUCGGUUUCUAAUUCGAUAUGAUGUUAUUAAAAAAAAAGUCAUUGGCAUUUUAUAAAAUCAACGUAAAAUUUAAAAUGUCUGUUUUUAUUUGUAUUGCUCUUUCGUUGUAAUUAAAUUAUUAUAUAUAAUAUAUUAUGCCAAUACAGUAUAAGCAUCGGAAAGCAUUUCAAAGUCGUUAUAUGUGUCAUCAGUAUAUUAUGACAGAUUAAUUUUAUUGCCAUAAGAAAAUUAAUUCAAUUAAUGACUUAACACAAAGGACAAACAAAUACAAGAACAAUAAAAUCGUUCACGAUAACCAAAAGUUCACAUCGUAAUACUAAAUUAUUAUUCAACAAUAAUUUACUUAAUAUAAUUAAAACUUACUUUUUUCGUUAUCAUAAAGUCUUGUGCAUUUUUGUUUGUCUUAAAAAAAACUGAUUUCGAAAUUCAAAAAAUAAAACAUCAAUCAACUAUAUUGGUACAAAACUAUCAAACAGUGAAAUCGUUAAUUUUAUGAUGAACCGAACCGCAUUAAAAUAAAGUGCAAUUAUGAAAUACUCAAGUUUGUGAGAAUUUUGUAAAUAUAGGAUUAUAUAUAGAUAAAUUAAGCAUUUACUUGCCGCGUGAGAUGUAGUUCAUUUUCUAUUUAAAGACCAAUAGUAACAGAGGACGCACAUUGUACAUUAUUAUCGGCCAAUAAUUUAAUCUCCAUCAUUAGUGUGACACAGCAAAAUAAUAAAUCGAUAGUAUCGAUAACUUCGUUCAUAUCGAUUUUUUUCAUCAAUAGCCUUACCAAUCAGUAGCUUAGUAUUGCGAUAAUAUUUACAAAUUAAACUAUUGAUUGCUUUCUUGUUGCUGGAAAUAUGAAACCUGCACUAUUUUUGCUUUCUUUAGUUCAUUGAACAUAAAGUUUUUUGAGCUUCUUAUUAUCCAGCCUUAAGUAUAACACACUGAAGACCAAACUAAUGGCCGAUAAUAAUAAUAUUGCCAGUUUUUAUUUCUGAAAUAGUAUUUUUAUUAAGUAAAAGCACACCGAAAAAAGUCAGUGAUCCACCGCAAUAAAAUCACAUAUCAAAUGAAAUUUGUAUAUAGUUAAUGUAGAAUUUGAAUUUCACACUCAGUCUUAAAUUAAUUUUAACAUGAAACCUCUUUAGUUAAUAUUUUUAUAUUAGUAAUAGUGUUGCUAGUGAUUCAUUGUGAAAGUGUGCCAAUUAGAUUUUAAAGUUGGAUUAACCGUGUACCGACGGUUAAGUAUUUAAAUAUCUUUUUAAUUAAUUAUUAUAAAUUUACAUUUAAACAAUUAAAAUGUUUUAAAUUAUAAUCUUUUACAGAUAUAUCGCACAAAAUAU